AUGGCGGAGGAGGCUGGUCCUGCAUCCCUCUGCACCCGCCUCACCCCUGCUCCAGAACUGCAGCACCCGCUUGCCACCCUGGUCCCAAUGAGACCACCACUGCUGCUGCUGCUGCUGCUGCUUGUCCUGUGGGUGCCACGUCUCCUGGGAACCCUGGCAGAGUGCCUGGGAUCCAAGCGUGUUACUGCUGCCAUGGCUGCACGGCUCCUCACCCCAGGAAUUGGCUGGCUGCUUUUCCCAGGGGGUGAGGGAUGCAACCGGACGGCAUGGGCAGGGUUGGAGGGACAGGAUGCACGCAUUGACAGAGGGACCCUCCUGAACCUCAGCGUGAGUGACCGUGGCCGGUCGGAGUCCCUCCUUCUGUCCUGGGAUGAGCCGGAGGGGGGUGCCGAGGGAUAUUCGCUCGCCCUCUCCUCCCUGGGGUCAGGCAUACCGCUGCAGAAUGGAUCUGCUGGACCCAACAUCACCAGCUUCUGGUUCCACGGGUUGACUCCUGGCAUGCGCUAUGAGAUUGAGGUGACAGCCACGCUUGCCUGCAUGGAGACCACCAGACAGACAGUCACAGCACAGACAAGUCCUUCACCUGUCCGCAACCUGAGCCUGAGCAGCAGUGGGAGCUCUGCCAUGCUGCACGCCUCCUGGGUGCACGCCCAUGGGCAGCGAGACGGCUACCACCUUGCCCUAUACCACAGCGACUCCCAGACGCUCGUGAGAAAUGUGUCCAUCCUGCCAAACGCCUCCACAUUCCUGUUUGACGGGUUGCUGGCUGGCAGUGAAUAUGCCUUGAAGCUGCAGCUCAGCCCAGGCUCCACAACCAGCCUCAUCGCCUCCUGGGUGGAUGCUGCGGGGGCUGCCUGGCUGCACCUCGUGCUCCACAACCUCCUCACCCAGACGGUGACCACGACUCUGUCAGCCAGGAGGGGCCUCACCAACUACACCUUCCAGCAUCUCCACCCAGGCACCCAAUACUGGCUGGGGCUGAGUGCCACAGCCGGGCCCUACACUGUGCAGGGACCCAAUGCCACGGCUUGGACAUACCCCCUGAGCCCUGGCAAUGUGACCCUGAGCAGUGCAGAGGAGCAGAGCUCCUUGCAGGCUCGCUGGAGCACCCCAGUGGGUGAGAGGGACUUCUACCUGGUGACGCUGCAGGAGGGAGAGGACGGCGCUCCGACGAGGAACAUCUCCGUCGGUGGAGACAACAGUCACGUCACCUUCCACGGGCUGAACCCCGGGAAGCAAUACUCUGUCCAGGUGACGGCAGUGGCUGGGCCUUACCGGGCAUCAGCCCGCAGCACAGCAGCCUGGACACAGCCACUGGCACCAUCUGGUGUGAGUCUGUCCAGCCAGGGGAGCCCCUACAGCCUACUAGCCAGCUGGGAGGAGGCCAUGGGAGAGGGCUACGUGCUGGCCCUCAGCCCCAUGGAGCACCCCAUGAAGAACAGCUCGCUGCUCAGAGGUGUCACCAACUUCACUUAUGAGGGCCUCCGCCCUGGGACCCUCUACACCUUUGAGGUCAGCACCAUGGCUGGCCCCUACACAUCCUCACCCCGGCGCAUCAUCAACUGGACAUAUCCUUUGCCCCUGGAGCAGCUGACCCUCAGCAAUCAGGGCCACAGCAGCUCUCUGCAGGCCUCCUGGAGAGCAGCUCCCGCUGGCAGCACCGGCUACACAGGCACCCUCUGGGAAACCAAGUCCCAGGAGCAGGUCAGGAACAUAACUGUGGGGAAGAACUGGACAAAUGUCACCUUUGAGGACCUGGUCCCUGGGCGACAGUAUACACUGGAGAUGGCUGCUAUGGCUGGACCUUACAGAUCCCCUGUGCAAUCGGCCACAGACUGGACGUACCCCCUGGCUCCAGCCGGCGUGACCCUGACCAACACCCGACGCCCGCUGGGACUCUCUGCCUUCUGGGACAAGACUGCUGGUGAUGUGGACCAGUUCCACCUCCAGCUCUACAGCAAGAGCCAUCCAAUGCAGAGGAACAUCUCAGUGGGGCCAAACACCCACAACUUCACGUUCCUGGGGCUCUCUCCUGGCAUUCAGUACUUCCUGAAGGUGACCGUACUUGCUGGCCCAUACAGAUCCUCGUCACACUUUGCCACUGAGUGGACAUAUCCACUGUCUCUGGCUAACGUGAGUGUACAACCGGGCCAGAGACCCCAGGAGCUACAUGUGAGCUGGGCAGAGUCAGGCGGUGGCAGGGACCACUUGGUACAGCUCUCAGUGGCUGAGUCCCUGUCCAUCAUCAGGAAUGUGUCUGUCCCCCGUGGAGUCACCCAGCUUGACCUGGAGGGGCUGGAGCCAGGGUCCCGAUACCGUGUGGAGAUCAUUUCUCAGGCUGGGCCUCAUCGCACCUCCUCUCAGACUGCCAUCGGCUACACUGUCCCACUACCUCCUAUUUCCCUGUUGGCAAUCCCUGUCAGCACUGCCUGGGCUCUGACCGUGCAGUGGGAGACCCCUCCUGGGCAGAGGGAUGGAUACCUGCUCACCAUGCAUGAGGAGGGCUCUUCUUCACCAGCAAGGAACUUGGAAGCAGGGAAAGACAGCACCAAUGUCACCCUGGCACAGCUGGCACCAGGAACUUGCUACCUUGUUGGGAUCUGGGCAGUAGCUGGACCCUAUCGCUCCCUCCCCAAGAAUGUCACUGGCUGCACAGUUCCUGCUGCACCGACAAACCUGAGCCUUACCAACCCAGGCAGCUCCUCAGAGCUUUACACGUGCUGGAACAAGCCCCCCGGCAGGAGGGACCACUACCGUGUUAUUCUGUAUAGCCUCAGCACCCAGAGCAGGGAGCGGGUCCAGACCUUGAGUCCGGAUGCACAGAACAUCAGCUGGACUCACUUGGAGGCAGGCAGCAGGUUUGCUGUGCAGGUCACUGCUGUGAAAGGCUCAUUCGAAGCCUCCUCCACCAACGUCACCCAAUGGACACACCCCUUGGCCCCCGCCAACCUCAGCCUGGGCAGCCCCUCUGCCUCCGCACUGCAGGCCUCCUGGGCAGCAACAGGGCGAGGAGCAGAAGGCUACGUGGUGGAUGUCUAUGACACAGCCUCCAGCAGUCGUGUUGGGCGCAUGGUGCUGGGUGGGGAUGCCAGGAGUCACAUUUUCAGGAACCUGAGCCCUGGCACCCGCUACAGCGUGGCAGUGAGGGCCACAGCUGGGCCCUUCCACACCAGCACCCCCAACCUCACCCACUGCACACGCCCGUUGCCCCCAGCUGCUGUGCACUGGCUGAGCACGGGGCACCCCGACAGGCUGAGCGCAUCCUGGGGACCCGCGGCUGGGGGGCGAGAUGGCUACGCACUGACCCUGUACCACACGCAGCUGGGCACCGUGGCAGCUACAGCCUCACUCAGGAGAGACACCCACAACUUCACCUUCAUGGCUCUGACCCCAGGAUACGAGUACUCCCUGGAAGCCAGUGCUACGGCUGGACCAUACCAGGCAGCAGCACCCAACAUCAGUGGCUGGACACGCCCGCUGCCACCAGCCGCCGUGCGCUUGCUGAGCACGGGGCACCCUGACAAGCUGAGUGCGUCCUGGGGAGCUGCGGCCGGGGGGCGAGACGGCUACGCACUGACCCUGUACCACACAUGGCUGGGCACCGUGGCAGCUACGACAUCUCUUGGGAGAGACACCCACAACUUCACCUUCACGGGAUUGGCCCCAGGAAGCAAGUAUGUGCUGGAGGUGUUGUCUAUGGCGGGGCCCUACCAGACACCUGCAGGGAAUGUCAGCAACUGGACGUACCCCCUGGCACCUCGCAAUGUGUACAUGACGAACCAGGGGUAUCCCAACAGGCUGAGUGCAUCCUGGCGAGCCGAGCCCCAAGGACAAGACAGUUACAGGCUCCUCCUGUAUCAUUCGGGAUCAGGUAUUGUGGCAGCCAAUGUAUCUGUUGGGAAAGGCACCAGCAAAUUCACCUUUUCUGGCCUGGCUCCAGGACACAAAUACCUGCUGGAAGUGGUGUCCGUGGCGGGGCCCUACACAGCCUCCGCAGGGAACAUCAGCGACUGGACAACCCCCUCAGUUCCCAAAAAUCUCUCUGCGGUGGCUGAAGGGAACAACACGAUGCUUAUCUCCUGGGGCAGUGUCUCUGGACAGCAGGACGACUGCCAGCUGUGGCUGCGGGAUCCCAGGAACGGCACGCUGCCCUGGCGGCACACCCUCAGCAGAGGGCAAGUCCAGCACCUGCUCCAGGGGCUGAUCCCAGGCAGGAACUACUCUGUCUCCCUGAGCUGCGUGGCCGGGCCUUACUGGAGCAGCACCAAACCCUUGGUGGUGCCGAUGGAGCCAAACCCAGUGGAGGAUGUGCAAUGCCUACCGGAGUCAAGGAGCCUGUACUUGAACUGGACCAGCUCUCCUGGAGAUGUGGAGGCUUAUGAGGUGGUGACAGAGAGACUCUCUAAUGGACCGCCCACCUCCAAGUAUGUCAUGAGCAUCCCUACGAGCGAGGCCAGUCUAGAGGGGCUGGGGCCAAACUCGUCAUACCGAAUUGUUGUGAGCACAGUGGGCAUGAACACAAUGAGGAGCCAGGCUGUGACGCUGCUCUGCAACACAACAGUAGAGGCCCUGCCUCCACCUCUGCAAGCAGACAUCUUCCAGGUGGAGGCCAGCUCUACAGUUAUCAUUUCAUCUGACCUGUUCAGCGAGGAGAACGGACAGAUCAAGUAUUAUGGUGUCAUUGCUACCACAAACGAUUCACUACUGAGGCCCACCCAGGAAAGCAUGUCCAGCACGUGGUAUGACCACUAUUAUGGGACAGAGGACUCCUACUUGGCUGUGCUAAUCCCCAAUCCCUUCCACUCGAGCCCCAGGAGCUCCCCCGAAACCUGGCGAGUGCCGAUGGGAACAGAGGAGUGCGGCCAGUCCAGGGCAACGUGCAACGGGAAGUUGAAAGCCAACGAACAGUACAGGUUCAGCAUCGCUGCCUUCACAAAAUACGACCCAGUAGCCCCUGCAGUGACGUUCACCAUGUUCUCAGCUGCUGGAUCCGGUGCAGGCACAGGUCCACUCUCAAUGCCAAUAAUCGCUGGAAUCAUCGUGGGAUUUCUUUUAACACUUGCAGCUAUUUUUGCUUUGGUCUACUGGAAACAGCUCAGAGCAAAGAGAACCAAGAAGAGUAGCCUGCCCCAGGAAAUGGUGACCUACAGCUUGAGACAUGUCCAUCGGCCAAUUCCCAUACAGAACUUCAAGCAGUACUAUGAGAUGAAGACAGCAAGUGCUAACCACGCUUUUUUCCAGGAGUUUGAGGAGCUGAAGGAAGUUGGGAAGGAGCAGCCGAAGGUGGAGGCCGAGCUACCAGCAAAUGUCUCCAAGAACAGAUAUCCCCAUGUGCUGCCCU